AUGGCAGCCGAGGUGAGGGGGGAUAAAAUGUUGGGAGGAAGGUUUGUUGGAAGUACAGAUCCAGUCAUGGAGAUGCUCAGCUCUUCCAUUACCUGUGAUCAAAGACUGUCUGAGGUUGAUGUCCAGGGGAGCAUGGCAUAUGCCAAAGCCUUGGAGAAGGCUGGAAUCCUAUCUAAAACUGAGCUGGAGAAGAUCCUGAGUGGCCUGGAAAAGAUCUCUGAGGAAUGGUCUAAAGGAGUCUUUGUGGUGACCCAAAGCGAUGAGGAUAUCCACACUGCCAACGAACGCAGACUAAAGGGUUGGGAGCUGAUUGGAGACAUAGCUGGAAAGCUGCACACUGGAAGAAGCAGGAAUGAUCAGGUUGUGACUGACUUGAAGCUGUUCAUGAAGAAUUCCCUCUCUGUCAUCUCCACUCACCUCCUGCAGCUCAUUAAGACCCUGGUGGAACGCGCUGCCAUAGAAAUUGAUGUUAUCUUGCCUGGCUACACCCACCUGCAGAAAGCUCAGCCCAUCAGGUGGAGCCAGUUCUUGCUCAGCCAUGCUGUGGCUCUGACCCGUGAUUCUGAGCGCCUGGGAGAGGUGAAGAGGAGGAUCAACGUCUUGCCUUUGGGAAGCGGUGCUUUGGCUGGCAACCCACUGGAAAUUGAUAGAGAGCUUCUGCGUAGUGAGCUGGACUUUGCUUCCAUCAGCCUGAACAGCAUGGAUGCCGUUAGCGAGAGAGACUUUGUGGUGGAAUUCCUCUCUGUUGCCACCCUGCUGAUGAUCCACCUUAGCAAGAUGGCUGAAGAUCUCAUCAUCUACAGCACCAGCGAGUUUGGCUUUCUAACCCUCUCUGAUGCUUAUAGCACUGGCAGCAGCAUGAUGCCUCAGAAGAAGAACCCCGACAGUCUGGAACUGAUCCGCAGCAAAGCUGGACGAGUGUUUGGACGGUUGGCUGCUAUUCUCAUGGUUCUCAAAGGACUUCCAAGCACCUACAACAAGGAUCUGCAGGAGGACAAGGAGGCCGUCUUUGAUGUUGUGGACACCUUGAAUGCUGUGCUCCAGGUUGCCACUGGAGUGAUUUCUACCCUCCAGAUCAACAAGGAGAACAUGGAGAAGGCACUGAGCCCUGAGAUGCUGUCUACUGACCUGGCUCUCUACUUGGUUCGUAAAGGAAUGCCAUUCAGACAAGCCCACACUGCCUCUGGGAAGGCCGUCCACCUUGCUGAGUCUAAAGGCAUCACCAUCAAUAAUCUCAGCCUGGAUGACCUGAAGAGCAUCAGCCCGCUGUUCGGCAGUGACGUCUCCCAGGUCUUCAACGUUGUCAACAGCGUGGAGCAGUACACAGCCAUGGGUGGUACUGCCAAGAGCAGCGUGACUGCCCAGAUUGAGCAGCUGAGGGACCUGCUGAAGAAGCUGAAGGAACAAGCUUAGAGUGUGGGGAGAUAUCCCAUGGAUGCAGCGUUGUGCCUAUCACACUAAUCUGAAGUUAAUAAACACUGGGGUGUUGUAGUUCACUGAAA